UCAGUUUCCCCUGCGCAUGUGAAAUAAGAUAGCAAAACCCAGAUGCUUGCAUGUUGCUUAGCAAUCUGUUCUGGUAAUUUCGAAGUGCCAUAUGAGGACACGGGGUGUCUUUAAGGAUACCCUUCGUGUUAGGCAACCUCCACCUCCUACGGCUUCGUAUAUGGCACUUGAACUCAAGAAGAGGAAGUCCCACCCGCACUCAGGUCACACCACCCAAGGUCUGUGGCUGCAUCUCACAGGAAACCAAACCUAAAACGGACCUAGGAGGAGCUUUCUGCUAAAGGACAGUGCCCGACAUUGAGAAUAAUUCAACCCCCUGCCCCUUGGAUCACCGCCUUCUGGAGUUCUCCGCGAUGCUGCCACGGACACCCCCGCACAAGGGACAUCUCAACACAGGGCCAUUUUCGCUCCCCACGCUGCUCAGGCUGAGUUGAAGAUCCCUCUCCUUUGCCGGGCGCCAAGAAAGAUGCACAGGCAGGGCAACACAAAAACAACGAAAGAAGGAUCCAGUGAUUUGAAAUUCCAGAACUUCGAUCUGCUGAAAAAUAGGUCAUGGCCGCGAAUCCAAAGUACUACAGGCCAGUACCGGACGAUUCAUGAGCCUCUUCUCGAUUAUGAAAGGAACUUUGCUGCAGAACUGGAUGGAGCAAAAGGCCAUAAAGAUGAUGACUACGAAGACCCAGAGCUUCAGGUGGCAGAGGCAUGGCAAUCAAUGAAAAUUUUACCAGCCAGGCCUAUAAAGGAAUCUGAAUAUGCAGAUACACGCUAUUUUAAGGGUAUGAUGGACACACCCCUUUCCUUAGACCCCAAGACUUCUAUCCCCACACACGGGCAAACAUGGAACACAUGGACGAGGCUGGAAGAAGUGGAAAAACCCAUUUCCAAGGAUAUCGGAAGCCAACAUGCUAAAGGGGACAAACCCACCAAGGGAAACGAGACUCCUCUACCACCGCCUCGGCCGCCCAUCACUCUUCCAAAGAAGUACCAGCCCCUGCCCCCCGAGCCGGCAGCCAGGCCAGCCUUCCCCCAGAGACAUACCUUUCCCGAAGUCCAGAGAGGGUCCAGACAGAUAAGCUUAAAGAACUUAAGUGAGGUCCUUGGAACAGAAAAAGUUCUUCACCAGAUGAAGCCUGAAUCAUCUACCCUGUCACAAAACCAAAGCACUCAAGAGAUGCCUUUUGCCACUGCCAGCUCUUCAUUCAUGAUGCACAACCAUGGCGUGCAAAACAGAGAUCAUAAAGAAAGCAUGCAGUCUUGUCUUCCUCAGAGAUGUCAGUCUCCAGCCAGCAUGGGCCACCAGCGAAAUUCGCUACAUUGUAAAAACCGCAACUGGAGAAAACCUUCCUCUCCAAGGUCUGAUGAAAAGGAUGUCCCGCACAAUGAAUGGUACAUUGGAGAAUACAGUCGCCAGGCAGUAGAAGAGGCUUUACUGAAGGAGAACAAGGAUGGCACGUUCUUGGUCCGAGACUGUUCCACCAAGUCCCGGGCCGAGCCCUACGUGCUGGUGGUGUUUCACGGGAACAAGGUCUACAAUGUGAAGAUCCGCUUCCUGGAGAGGAAUCAGCAGUUUGCCCUGGGGACCGGACUCCGAGGAGACGAGAAGUUUAAUUCGGUGGAGGACAUCAUCGAACACUACAAGUAUUUUCCUAUCAUACUCGUUGACGGGAAAGAUAAAACCGGGAUCCACAGGGAACAGUGUUACCUGACUCAGCCCCUCCCUCUCGACAGACACUUUUCGCCUUGGUAGCCUGGCCUUUGUCUCAUCUUCAGGUCGGUGGAUCCAAUGCCUCAAUCAUUUUUUUCCUUUAUUUCAGAAGAUUGUUUUCUGUGGCUUUAAGGGAUUGCUGCUUUGACUUCGUAGAAGGAAAAAACUUUCAACCAUGGUUUCAAAAGCUCAGACUGCAGACGAAAUAUUUAUCAGAUGUAAAAAUUAAAGCUGGCUUUUAAAACAUAUCUUCUAAA